GCCCCGAAGGGGUGGUCCGGGGGGUGUCAGGAUAAGAGCGCAGCUCCUGGCGGGCGGGCAGUGGCCCACGAUGUCGCUAGUGCUGUUGUGCCUGGUCACGCUGUGCUGGGGCCCCGCGCACCCGGAGCCGAUGACCCAGUGUGGCUCUGAAGUAGGACCCUCUCCAGAGUGGCUGGUCCAACAGACUCUGAUCCCAGGAGACUUGAAGAGCCUCCAAGUGGAGCUUGUCAAAAGCAAUGUUGCAGCAGAGAACCAGACCAUUUUAAUGAAGAUAAGCUGGAUACUUCGGCCUGAUGCCAGCAUCCUGUCACUGAAGGCCACCAAAAUCUGUGUGACGGGCCGUAACAAGUUCCAGUCCUACAGCUGUGUGAGAUGCAACUACACGGAGGCCUUCCAGACUCAGCUCAAACCCUCGGGUGACAAAUGGAUGUUUUCCUACAUCGGCUUUCCUGUCAAACCGGAGACAGUUUAUUUCAUUGGGGCCCAUAAUAUUCCCAGUGAAAAACUGAAUGGAGAUGUCCCUUCCAUGUCAGUGAAUUUCACCUCCCCAGGCUGCCUAGACCACAUCAUGAAAUACCAGAAGAAGUGCAUUAGCGAUGGAAGCCUGUGGGAUCCAAACAUGACUGCUUGUAAGAAGAACAAGACAGUGGUAGAAGUAAACUUUACCACCAGUGCUCUUGCAAAAAAUUAUAUGGCUCUCAUUAAAAACCCCACUCUGCUGGGAUAUUCUAUGGUCUCAGAGGACAAACUAACUCGAGCUUCUAUGGAGAUUGUCGUAACUGAGGAAAGUGAAGGUGCUGAGGUCCAGUUGACUCCGUAUUUCCACACUUGUGGCAAUGACUGCAUUCGACAGAGAGGAACUGUUGUGCUUUGCCCAGAGAUAAGUGCCUUCUCACCUCCGGAUAGCAGCAGAAGCAUGUUAGGUGUUUGGCUGGCUGUCUUACUUCCAGUUCUGCUAGUGGUCACAUGGAUGCUGAUACUUUGGAUCUAUCUAAAGUGGAGGCACGGAAGGGCCAGAAACUCCUCUCUCUCUGCUACCCAGUUGCUGCCGCCGCUGAAGAUUCUUGUGGUCUAUCCAUCCGACAUUUGUUUCCAUCACACAGUUUGUUAUUUCACUGACUUUAUUCAAAACCAGUGCAGAAGUGAGAUUAUCCUGGAGAAGUGGCAGAAAAAGAAAAUCGCCGAGAUGGGUCCAGUGCAGUGGCUGACCACACAGAAGAAAGCCUCAGAUAAGGUCAUUUUCCUUCUUUCCAAUGAUGCCAAAGCUGGAUGCGAUGGCACCUGUGGCAAGGGCGAGGGUGGGACUGGGGAGGCCUCACAAGACCUGUUCCCCUUGGCCUUUAACCUCUUCUGCAGUGAUCUGAGAAGCCAGGCUCGCUGGCACAAGUACAUGGUGGUCUAUUUUAGAGAGGUUGAUACCAAAGAAGAUUACCACGCACUCAGUGUCUGCCCCAAGUACUGUCUCAUGAAGGACGCCACCGCUUUCCGUACAGAACUUCUCCGAGUCAAGCCGCGUGUGUCAGUGGGCAAGAAACUGGGAGCCCACCACAGCAACUACUCCUGUUGCUAG